CAGCUCUGUCGCAAUGCCUAGCACCCUGGUAUGCGGGCCCAGGUUGGUCUGAGACAGCACAGGCCAUGUGACCGUCUUCCUAGAGGCUGUGAGGAGGCUAGGGACCCUACGACAGCCAGGAAGGAAGAGCAAAGGGUUCCCCUCCCGCAGCCAUGCUGAAGCAGAGCUCCGAGAGGAGAAGAUCCUGGAGCUACAGCGCAGAGAAGGAGGAUGAGCCCCAAGCGGCGGGCUGCCAACACCGCAGGAGCAUCUGCUCCGUGGGGGGCCGCUCUGGCUCCCAGGCCAGUAUUCCGCCGUGGACCGAGGGCAACUAUAACUACUACAUUGAGGAGGACGAGGACGCUGAGGAGGAGGAAGAGUGGAAGGACGACCUUGCCAAGGAGGAUCAGAAGGCAGAGGAAGUCGCCCCCGCCCAGCCCAAUGGCCCCAGCGACCUUCCGGCCCGGUGGUCCACGCUGAACGUGAACGUGGGCGGCCACAGCUAUCAGCUGGACUACUGCGAGCUGGUGGGCUACCCCAAGACGCGCCUGGGCCGCCUGGCCACCUCCACCAGCCGCAGCCGCCAGCUGAGCCUGUGCGAUGACUACGAGGCCGAGACGGACGAGUACUUCUUUGACCGCGACCCGGCCGUCUUCCAGCUGGUCUACAACUUCUACGUGUCCGGAGUGCUGCUGGUGCUGGACGGGCUGUGCCCGCGCUGCUUCCUGGAGGAGCUGGGCUACUGGGGCGUGCGGCUCAAGUACACACCGCGCUGCUGCCGCAUCUGCUUCGAGGAGCGGCGCGACGAGCUGAGCGAGCAGCUCAAGAUCCAGCGUGAGCUGCGCGCCCAGGCGCAGGCCGAAGAGGCCGAGGAGCUCUUCCGAGACAUGCGCUUCUACGGGCCGCAGCGCCGCCGCCUCUGGAACCUCAUGGAGAAGCCUUUCUCGUCGGUGGCCGCCAAGGCCAUCGGGGUGGCCUCCAGCCUCUUCGUGCUCAUCUCCGUUGUGGCACUGGCGCUCAACACGGUGGAGGAGGCGCAGCAUCACGCAGAGGAGGGCGCGGGCGGCCCGGACCUGCGGCCCAUCCUGGAGCACGUGGAGAUGCUGUGCAUCGGCUUCUUCACCCUCGAGUACCUGCUGCGCCUCGCCUCCACGCCCGACCUGCGGCGCUUCACGCGCAGCGCCCUCAACCUGGUGGACCUGGUGGCCAUCCUGCCGCUCUACCUGCAGCUGCUGCUCGAGAGCGUCACCGGCGAGGACCAGCAGCACGGCCAGACGGCCGGCCGCGUGGGCCGCGUGGGCAAGGUGGGCCAGGUGCUGCGCAUCAUGCGCCUCAUGCGCAUCUUCCGCAUCCUCAAGCUGGCGCGCCACUCCACCGGCCUGCGCGCCUUCGGCUUCACGCUGCGCCAGUGCUACCAGCAGGUGGGCUGCCUGAUGCUCUUCAUCACCAUGGGCAUCUUCGCCUUCUCCGCCGCCGUCUACUCGGUGGAACACGAUGUGCCCGGCACCAACUUCACCAGCAUCCCCCAUGCCUGGUGGUGGGCUGCGGUGAGCAUCUCCACCGUGGGCUAUGGAGAUAUGUACCCGGAGACCCACCUGGGCAGGCUUUUUGCCUUCCUCUGCAUUGCUUUUGGGAUCAUUCUCAACGGGAUGCCCAUUUCCAUCCUCUACAACAAGUUCUCUGAUUACUACAGCAAGCUCAAGGCUUAUGAGUAUACCGCCAUACGCAAGGAGAGGGGAAAGGUGAACUUCAUGCAGAGAGCCAGAAAGAAGAUGGCUGAGUGUUUAGCUGGAAGCAGCUCACAGCCCACCCCUCGGCAAGAGAAUUAGUAUUUCAAAGGACAGAUGGGCUGGUAAAUUC